UUGGCAUUAGGGAAGUGGUGAAAGAGGGCUGGAGAAACACAGACUUUUUGUUGGUUUGUUGCAGUGUGUUUGCAGUAAACAACACAAUAAAGCUUGAACUGAUGGAAAAAUUGAUUCUGCUCUCUCAUAUCCUAAUAUAGCUGUAUGUGCCUACCUAAAACAGUCAAGUUAAAUAUCAGCUACUUCCUUUACUGAGCAUGUAUGAAGCACUAAAUAGAGAAGAAAGAGACUAGAUAAGCCUUUUUCACCUAUGUUAAAAGAAAGCAUGGAUCUACCAGUAUAUGUUUGGCUAUCAAAAAGAAUAUCAUAGGAAAAGUGAAGGCUGAUGAAAGAAAACGUCAUUCCUGGCUGCAUUUGGGAUGAAACCUUCAGAUUCCAGUCCAGUUCGAAAUCCCCCAUCAUUUGGAGGAGAGGAGCCUGUCUAUUCUACCAGAAGAGUAACCCGCAGCCAGCAACAGCCUGCACCUGUAACUCCCAAAAAAUACCCACUUCGACAGACCCGCUCAUCUGGAUCAGAAACGGAGCAAGUGGUGGACUUUUCUGAUCGAGACACUAAGAAUGCAGCCGAUCACGAUGAGUCUCCACCCCGGACGCCAACUGGGAAUGCCCCAUCCUCAGAAUCUGAUAUCGAUAUCUCCAGUCCCAACAUGUCCCACGAUGAGAGCAUUGCCAAGGAUAUGUCUAUGAAGGAUUCUGGAAGUGAUCUGUCCCAUCGUCCCAAACGCCGUCGUUUCCAUGAAAGCUACAAUUUCAACAUGAAAUGUCCCACCCCUGGCUGCAAUUCUUUAGGCCAUCUGACAGGGAAACAUGAGAGGCACUUUUCCAUAUCUGGAUGUCCGCUAUAUCAUAACCUUUCAGCAGAUGAAUGCAAGGUCAGAGCACAGAGUCGGGACAAACAAGUUGAGGAGAGGAUGCUGUCUCACCGACAAGAUGACAAUAAUAGACAUGCCACCAGACAUCAGGCGCCAACCGAAAGACAAUUGAGGUACAAAGAGAAAGUAGCAGAGAUGAGGAAGAAGAGGAAUGCAGGACUGACAAAAGAGCAGAAGGAAAAAUACAUGGAACACAGACAAACCUAUGGAAACACCAGAGAGCCCCUUUUAGAAAACUUGACCAGUGAAUAUGACCUAGAGCUGUUCCGGCGAGCACAAGCAAGAGCAUCUGAGGAUCUGAUCAAGGCUGAGGGGGAUACUGGGACUGGUAAUCCAAGAAUGCUUCCGGUUGAAACUGAAAGUCAAGUAGGCAGUAUCACUGCAGAUUUUUUCCCUGUACCUACAAAGGCAAGACCCAGCUUGUACAAGGAGAAGCUGAGACUUCAGGGACAGAUUACAGAAGGCAGCAACAUGAUCAAGACUAUUGCGUUUGGCCGGUAUGAGCUGGACACCUGGUACCAUUCUCCUUAUCCAGAGGAAUAUGCGCGGCUAGGGCGCCUCUACAUGUGUGAGUUUUGUCUCAAAUACAUGAAGAGCCAGACGAUACUACGCAGGCACAUGGCGAAAUGUGUUUGGAAGCACCCUCCAGGGGAUGAAAUUUAUCGUAAAGGCUCCAUUUCCGUGUUUGAAGUAGAUGGGAAAAAGAACAAGAUCUACUGCCAGAACCUGUGCCUUCUGGCAAAGCUCUUCUUGGACCACAAGACUUUAUAUUAUGAUGUUGAGCCCUUUCUCUUCUAUGUCAUGACAGAAGCUGACAACACUGGCUGCCACCUGAUAGGCUAUUUUUCCAAGGAGAAGAACUCAUUCCUUAACUACAACGUAUCUUGUAUAUUGACGAUGCCUCAGUACAUGAGACAGGGUUAUGGCAAAAUGCUUAUCGAUUUCAGCUACUUACUUUCAAAGGUGGAAGAGAAAGUUGGAUCCCCAGAACGACCCCUCUCAGAUCUGGGUCUUAUUAGCUAUCGUAGUUACUGGAAAGAGGUUCUUCUCCGUUAUCUGCAUAACUUUCAAGGCAAAGAAAUUUCCAUCAAAGAGAUCAGUCAAGAGACAGCAGUCAAUCCUGUCGACAUUGUUAGCACUCUGCAAGCGCUUCAGAUGCUCAAAUACUGGAAGGGCAAACAUCUGGUCUUGAAGAGACAGGAUCUUAUUGAUGAAUGGAUAGCCAAAGAGGCGAAAAGAUCCAACAGCAAUAAAAUCAUGGAUCCCAGCUGUUUGAAAUGGACCCCUCCCAAGGGCACUUAACUUGAUCAAUCUCUCCAAGGAGUGUGGACACCCCUCCAUGUGCCGCCACCAACUUCAUGACCUUCUGUUCUUUUCCACUGUUACCAACUGCCUUUGGGAUUGUGGACGUGCUGUUAGUGUUCAUCCCAGGCCCCUCCCUUUCACAUACUCCCAGAUAUUCUUAUUCUUGGGACUGUUUUGGACCACAUUCUUUGUACACAAGGCAAGGCUGAAAAGGUCUGAAUAUCAUGCGAGUGUGACCCCAAGAGUGGUGGGUGGGCAGUAAUACCUUGUCCUGGACCUUUCCAUUUGCUGCUUCACUAGUCACAAGGGCAUAGUCCAGAAAAUUGUUUUGUAUCAUGCACAUUUUUUUCCUUUGGCUCUUUCAAGUUGCUACUCCCACUGCAGCAUCAUAUAGUUCUAGUGCACAUAUACAUAAGAACAAAGUGAUAAAGUCAUGAUUGGUAGAUAUGACUGCAUUUCUCUGGAUAGCAGAGGUCAGGAGGGCAAGCAUUUUAAAAUAUUUUCCAUGAAAACAAAGCUCCAUGCUAAAAUAAAGGCAACUCUGUCAGGGGCAAAGAUUCAAGACAGCUCUCAGUCUCUUUGGCUAGCUUUCUGCUUGCACAUUUUCUAUACACGAGAGAGCACUCAAAUAUAGUACCACUCAUUGUUGCCUGAAAUGGUAUAGUAUCUCUCAUGCUCUGUUCUGUGUUUGCAUAAGUCAGGAGUGGGUUAUUUGUGGCCCUAUCAUGCCUCAGUAUUCGUUAUGCUGAUGGCAGCUGAUUAGAGUUGCAGUUCAGCAACAUCUGAAGAGCCACAAGUUGUCCACCUCUCAUGACAACCUACAUGAGACCAUUUUUAAGGGCUGCCUCAGAAUGAGCGGUAUCUCAUUUCCACUCACAGGUCUGAGCAUGCCUGAAUCUUGUGUUAGUCAGCAUCAUCCACAGGUAACUCUGUUCCCUACUCAACAAACACCAGGAAAAUACAAGUAUGGAAAUGCUGGAAAGUUUUUGAUUCCAAUGUGUGGUAGUGCUGGCUGUUCCUGAUUCUUUGUCCUCAGAGGUUACCAGUAAUAAUGCCUUUAUGAGUCUUUAGUGAGUUUGGUUGAUGAGUUUUGUAGCUAGCACACCAGCUCCUGGUGGGAGAAGAUGCCCUUGCAGAAAAGGUAUGAUCCCUGGUUGUAUACUCUCAGUGCCUCACUGGAAGCAUGGAAUGCUGCCACUCGUAUUUUAAUUUUGUGCACAUUGCUCUUAGAUGCUUUUCAGUUCACUUGGACCACAAAUAAUGUUUAACAAAUACUUAGUUUGGCAGGUUAAUUAACUAGUUCUGCAGGAGGGAAAGUCACAGAGAUCAGCAUUCAGUUAGCAUGGUGUCUUGGUUUUGCAGCAAUUCAUCCCAUUUGGACUCGUGCACUUACAGACCAAGGUGCAGUUGUUAGCAGCACAGUGCUGACUGCUUAAAACAGUCCCCCUGUCUUGUAAUCUUGUUCAUGUGGAAAGGUGUGCUGUGCCCAUUAGGCCCUUUAAUUGAUAGGGAGCCAUGACUUUGAUACAUCUUGUAGCAGUAGACCAGUGAGCCAGUUUGUUGCAACAGAAUGGCUGUAGAUUCCACAUGGAAAUCUAGCCUUCCAAAUGUUGUGGACUAUGACUCUCACAAGCCCUAGUCAGCUGGUGUCCUGAUAUGGAAAGUAUAGUCCACAACAUCUAGAGGGCUAUCUCUGCCUUCUGCAUGGUGUUAGAUUAAUUGCCCAUCAUUUUGCGAGGUGUUUAUCUGGGCCAUUUUGGAACCAUCUUUAUUAAUAGACAAUUUUGGCCUGAUGUCUUAAGGAUUCCACUCUGGUUCAAAUGAGCAGCAUUUAUGAAAGGACUGUCUAGAGAAAUUGUUUCCCUUCUAUAUUUGUCAGGAUUUGUGCUUUGAUGUGUGGAUGAGUAAAAUCCCUGAAAACAUAGGAGGUUUGUCUCAAAUGAUAUUCUUUACAUGCUUUGGUACUUUUUCAAAUAAUUUUCUUUUUAAAAAUAUCAAAAGCAUAAGGACUUCUAAAAGCGCCAGGCUUUUCCUGUGUUUCAAGAUAUUGCACCUGGUUAUUUAUGGAUUGUUUCUGUCAAAAAAACAAUCCUUCAGCUGUUGACAUUAAAAAAAAAAUAAGCAGUUCAGCAGCAGCCUACAAUGAGGUCAAGCGUUUCAAAAGUGUGUGUGCAUUCAGGGCAUCAAUUUGGUCUUGGCUGCUUCCUUUUGAAAGGGAGGGCGCCUACCUAAUACUAUAUUUCAACUCACUGAAGCCACUACCUGCCCUGAAUGCUGCAGGUAAUAUGGGUAGGCGAAGGAAGAGAUGGAAUCUUUUGUGAUAGCUCACUGAUCUGCUAUCUUUGAAGCUGGAGAGCUCUUGGCCAUUAUAAAACAGGUGUCAGUAGUACCCUCAUUUGGCUAUAUAAGUAUUAAACUCAGUUUGCCUGGAUGUAGAGGUUGGCAAGCUAUGGCCUCAAGGCAAGGAUGGGUAGGCUGUGAUCCAUCAUAUGGUAGGUUGCAACUCCUAUUGGACAUGGCCAGUGGUCAGAGAUGAUGGGUUGCAGCCAAUAACAGCUGGAGGGCUACAGAUUGCCUCACAUAAAGUAUUAAAAAGACCAAAUGAAAAAGCAAUCUAGCACAUUUCUUAGCUGAAUCCAAAGAGUCCUUUUUCUUAAAUUAGAUUCAGCUGCUCACACUGGUUACUGGUGUGAAGUCAUUGUUUUGAAAAUCUUGAAUCAUUGGGACAAUCCUCCUUGCCCUCCUAAGAGUUGCUUCUGGCCUGUUACAUGGGCUGGCCUUUUGGGUACCACAGGUCUUAUAUGAAAUUAUCUUAGCAUGAGGGGACCUCGCAAACAUUUGGUGAGAGAUAAAUGUGUUUCAGAGUUGGGAGCAGUCACAUUUAGACUACAGCUUCUAGAAUUUUUUAGCCUAGCCAUUAGCCAAAGUGGCAGUGAGACUCAAGUAGUUGUAAUCCCCAAAAGUAACUUUUCUCAACUGUUUAUCUGUUUUUGGACUGAUGUAAGGCAGGUAGGUGUGUCUUACGUAUCAUCCCCUUCCAACUAGUGUGGAAAUUAAUUUUUUUAAAACUUUAACAUUAGAGGAAAUUCCCUGCAAUCCUGGUCACUUGGGGAGGUAGUAAUCAUGCCCUUAGCCUCUAGUGUGGCUUCUAGCAGCAGAAGCAAGUGUGAAACAACUCUGUUUAAAGCUGGAAUUCUUUCAAAAGAACCGAAAACCAUUUUUUCUAUCUCAUCUUGCAACAAGAUGGGAAAGCCAAUCCUUUUCCAGCACAUCUCUUUCUGCAAGCACUCCUGUGGUUGACUCUUGUGUUUUUGGUUUUCCUUCCUUUUCAUGGCCAUCCCACAUCCACCAAAGGUUAUCUUUCUGUGCACAUGACUGGCAGCUCUCAUCAAGCAAUCUCAGCUUCUAGAUUCUAGCAAAUGGUGGGGUGGUUCUCUCCUUUGUGAGGAAGGGAGAUUGGCCAUUCUUGUACAGAAGAAAAUCUCUCAGUUUUCUGGAUGUUAGAAUAUGCUACCAGUGUAUCUACUUCUCAAUAAAGCAUGUUCUCUGCUCCA